AUGUUCAUUCUGAUGAUCAGCUAUACCCUAAGUAUUUCGGCGCUGGUGAAAAUUCCUGCGUUAAAUGAGUGGUCAGGAUGUAAAAUGGAGACUUGUCUGAGAAACAUGUACAGAACACGCAACUUCUUCACGGUCACUGUGUACGCCUUCACACUAGUUGUUUUCUUCUCUACAGUCCUGCUGAUUCGACGCGCCCAGAAAUUCGUGGACUCAUUCAAAAGAGAGAAUCCACAAAGUCUAAGAGGCAGGCGGGUACGAUUUCCACUGUGGAAACUCGCACUCAACGUUGGCACCUUUGCUGUACUCUACUUAUUUUAUGCCAUUUGGUGCGCCGGUCUAUUAAUAAACCAAGACCAAUGCUUUUUCCAACGUAAUUAUCCGGAAAUGAUGCGAAUUCUUGCAAUCGUUCGAUGCACUCUGAUGCUGCGAAUCAUCGUCGAUCCAAUACUGUCUUUCGCAACCGAUCUCCAGGUAAAACCACUAGACAUUAAUGUUUUUUCAAAAAUGCGCUUUCUCGGUGCCUCUGAAAUCAAAACUGACGCAGCGAUUUCAGUAGCUCCUCCAACAUGUGAAGCUCUCCUUACGGCGACAAAAGCUUUACUUGAAGACAAAUCACCUCUGAGGGAAGGUCCUUGCAGCCUGUGCUUGGUGUGGGGGCCACUUCUGCUCAAAGAUGCUCAGAAGGGUAGGAGGGAGUUGGUCGGGAGCGCCUCCUCCUAA